AUGAUUCAUGGGAAUGCCAGUAAGCAUAUGCUCGAUUCUAUUUAUGAGUAACGCCAAACUAAUAUCCAGUCCAGGUAUAACAGUAUGGAGACUCCAUCAUGAUCUUGUGGCCAUGGGGACAGCUCUGGGUCUCCAUUGCUAUCCAGGAACUCCUGAAUUUUCCAUCCACUCUGAACUGACCAAGAGGGUAAGCGCUUUAUUGUUUAAAGGCGAUAAAGAAAUCGCGUUAUUUACUGGUAGACCUCCAGCUUUGACUCGACAUUAUCAAACCUGCCCUCUUCCUUUAGAUAUCAGCGAUGCGGCAUUGUUAACUGGCGGAGAUCUGCUUCAACGGGAGAUUGAUAACUUGGAUGGCAAUUGGUGGAAUAGAGAUGGUCGGUUGCAUAGUGCAACAUUGAUCAGAAACUUGUUGAUGGUUUCUAUUGUUCAUGACGAGGUCAUGGAGCUCUUUGUAGCAAACAAUGGGGAGCAGACUAUCCACAAAGAACGUGUCGAGUAAGUCCUUCCAUAUACGAUAGUUGACCAAUUUUAAGAAAGAGCAAUAUGGGCACUAGCUGAUACAAAAUCAGAGCUUUGAAGGGAAAGACGGCUGAGAUCUAUCAAAGCAUGCCAUCUUUCAGAAAUUUCGACAAAGAAGGGCUCGUAGCAUCCUUGAAUGCGUCCGAAAAGUGGAGGGUACUUGUUGGAGCACAUCUUCACCUUGAUUACCUCCGUGUCCAUCUCGAUCUAGAACGUCUCUCAACUGAACGAGGAUAUGAAAGCAAGGAAAAGCUACAUGAAAUUGCCCGGGAACUGGUAGAGAUAAUUGUAUUUUUCUGGCGUGAAAGGGAUCGCGUCCUGGACAAACAAUACAAUUAUGAUUUUAUGGUAUGAUUGCACUACAACAACAUUCUCAUCGAAAUGAUUCGCCACUAAACCAAUCCUAGAUAAUGUCCUAUGGUAUGCCGUCCACAGGUAUCCUUUGCGCUGGUCUUCUAAAGCAAACACAAUAUCCCUCUCAAGUCCCGCCAUCUAUGAAACUUCCCACGUCAGAAGUAGUUCAGAAUCUGAGUCUCAUGAUGGGAUUUCUGGAAUGGGUGCGUCCGCAUGCGGGAAGUUAUAAACUUUGCCAACGGAUGGCCAAAGUGAUUCGUAGAGUUUUGGAUCGGGGUUUUGAGCCUACACUUGAGCUAAUGGACACAUAAGAUGAAUUACCACAAGGCUCCUGGCAGUUUGAAGACCCGUGGCAAGUGGACUUGUCGAGUGAGUGGAACUGGCUGAAUAGUAUUGACUGGGCUCGAGGGGUAAACGGGGACUUGGAGGUGUAGUAAUAAUGGAAAAAUGAGAAAUGAAUAGGCAGGAUGAACUAGUUUAAUCUUUGAAUGUUUCAAGGCGUCCGAACCGUCCCCUAAU